GUGUGCUAUAUUAAAUAUUUUAAACAGCUGAAAACGAAUGCUGUUCGUAUUAACGGCAUCAUGCCAGGGCACUUACGAAUGGCAUUGUUUCUGUUCAAGAGUGUAGUGCCGGGACACAGAUGCCUGUAGAGCAGGAGAGCACAGGGCAGCGGGGUGGGCUGAGUGCCUCUCGUUCUUUUGUCGUGCCGUGGACUAAAUAAAUUAGAAAGUUGUGGAGCCUUGCAGAUGCGAAGCGGAGCGGCGAACUGUUGAAAGCGCAGACGGUUUCUUGGAGUCCAUACAUCGGGAAUGAUCCCGAAGAUGUGCAUUUUCUACAUUCAUGACGUUCGUCAUGUGGAUGUAAUCACGGGGUAGUCCUGCUCGCCAGACGCGCCAGAAUCACCUGGAAUACCUGGGACUCAUUAAGAUCACGCGACAGGGUACGCAUGCUCUGAUAUUUCAACUUAAAUUCUUUACAAGUAAUUUAAUAUUUUUAACAAUAUCUCCGCAUCGCUGAACUAAUGAUCGAUGGCAAAUCAGAAAAUGUCGAAUUGAUCUUUUUAUUGCCAAGUCGAAACCGGGUUUCAUUUGAAACAAAAUGACAUUUGAACCAUGAUGACUGACAGGACAUCAUAGAUUUUCUGACAGGAUCGGGAUGACAUUUGGCUAAUGUUUUAAGUGCAGCGGACGAUUUUGUGUUUGCCCCCUCUUGCGCUAAGCGUCUGCGCCACUCGACCUCUGCCUAACGACUCGGUUCGCCCGCGCGGGAGAUGGCCGCGAUCGCCAGCUCCCUGAUCCGCCAGAAGCGUCAGGCAAGGGAGUCAAACAGCGACCGAGUCUCCACUUCCAAACGCCGCCCCAGCCCCAGCAAAGACCCCCGCUCUCUUUGCGACCGGGUCUUCAGUAAAGUACGCUUCUGCAGCGGCAAGAAAAGACCUGUUCGGCGGCGACCAGAUGCGCCCUCGAAUCCUCCACAGGUGUCACGUAAGGGCGUCAGGCUAGAGCCACAGCUGAAAGGCAUUGUGACACGACUGUUCAGCCAGCAGGGCUUCUACCUGCAAAUGCAGCCCGACGGCACCAUCGAUGGCAGCAAGGACGAGAACAGUGACCACACCUUGUUUAACCUCAUUCCAGUGGGCCUGAGAGUGGUGGCCAUCCAGGGAGUAAAGGCCGGCUUCUACAUCGGCAUGAAUGGAGAAGGCUUCCUUUAUGGUUCAGAAAUGUUUACUCCGGAGUGUAAAUUCAAGGAGUCCGUGUUUGAGAACUACUACGUCAUCUACUCGUCCACCGUGUACCGGCAGCAGGAAUCGGGGCGGGCCUGGUUCCUGGGCCUCACCAAGGAGGGCCAGGUCAUGAAAGGCAACCGGGUCAAGAAGACCAAGCCCUCCUCCCACUUCUUGCCCAGACCAAUCGAAGUUUGCAUGUACAGGGAGCCGUCUAUGCAUGAGAUUGAAGAGAACCGUCGCUCCAGGAAAAGCUCAGGGACUCCUACCAUGAACGGCGGGAAAGCAGUGAACCAGGACUCCACAUAGCAGGGCUGGAGCGAGAGGGGUUCUCCCAGCGCCGCACAGAACCCCCCCCCCAGCCCCCCUCGCCCUGACGUCCUGCUGCCUCACCGCUAAGCGAAACCAAGACAAAUAAAAACAACCAACAAACAAACAAGCAAACAAACACAAAACUGACUUCUUGCCUGUGAAAUCUUUUAGACGAAUGUGAAGACAAAGGAAAGAAAUGGGGGGAGUUUUAAAAAAGUGACACGUUUUUGAUCCCAGACUUGAACACACAUUUUAUGCAAAAAAAGGAAUAAGACAGGAAACUAAAGAAAGCAUAGGUCUGACGGUGGAAGCUGUGUUUUCCUCACGGUGAUAGUAUUACUUAUCAUUUUUGGAUUUAUGCUGUGGAAAAGAAGCUUUAAGACAUUGCCAUGUGUUCAUUCUUCUGAAUGCUCCUGCACUCCCCCUCGCUCUGAUGUCUUCUACUGUUAUUACUGCUUCUCCUUGUCUGUUUCUAGCUCCCCCCCCCCCCCCUUAAUGUCAUGUAUUUCUUUAAGUUCAAAGACAGAGAAAGUGUUAAUAGAUUAGUUUUACCCUCUGUUUAAUUGCUUGACAGUGAAUGCACUAUUUCACUACCAGAGACUGGUGUGUGGGUAUAAACUGAAUGUAAAAUGGAGGUUUCGCUAGAGUUUGGAUGGAUAUCUGAGAAGUGCUUUGUGGGUGUGCAGCUUGAGGGGAAAGAGAGGCGAUGGAGCGCUUGAUGUUUCUUUGUCAGGGUUGCCACGGUUUCACCAGGGUUUCACCCCGAAAGUCUAUCUUUUUUAAGACCCGUUGAGUCAUCCCUUGCUCCAACACUCCCUUUGUGCAAGUAUUGUUUGUGUGUGUGUGUGUGUGUGUGUGUGUGUGUGUGUGUGUGUGUGUGCCUGUGGCUGAGAGAUAUAGAGAGAGAGCAAUACACAAAGCGAGAGAGACAAAACAAAACACUCCUGACACUCUCUGGCCCAUGAGUUGUCUGUCGGAUGAGAACC